GAAGAUAACAGUUGAACAAAGUUUACACAUCUUUCAGUUGGCUCUUGGUAUUAUUAUUGAUAUAGUUUACUUCAGUAACAAAUAAUUCCUUCGCAGCUUUUUAACAGCUUUUUAACCGAUUAUGAUUUAAACCAAUACACACGAUGAAUGUAUGUCGCGCGAGAUAUGGCCAUGUAGUGUUAUCUAAGGAAAUGCCAUAAAGUUCAGUUUGAAAAAUAUAAGAGUGAAGGAAAAUGUCGGACUACAAGGACAUUAUUCGCAACCCGGAAAUUCUAAACUGGUUUAAGGCGGCCAUGGGUAUGAACAUAACACGUGACUGCCUGCUUGACAUUGUAAAGGAAAUUAGUAGUGCGUGUUAUGAUUACAUUCGUAGAGAGAUCAAGCAACAGCACGGUGUUCUAGAGAGCGAUGUAUGUAAUCAAUGUCACACUCCUAAUGUCUUACCGUGUGACCCUACGAACAUAUGCUGCAAAACGUAUCGCGGAAAAUGCGCAUUUCAUGAAAUUCACAAGCCGCGAAAUUGUCCAAAUAAUUUAUGCGAUGAAAUUUGCAAACAUAUACUAUUAGUAAAACAACACCGAUUUCGCUCUCAACAAAACCCACACAGCUUUAAAGGUCCUACGUGGAUCAACACGGAUGCCUCUAAAUGGUGUUCUGAACCAUGGCAGAUUUCUAAGUGCUUUAUCUCAAAAGAUGGGUACAAAGACGCCAACCAAGCAGAAAGUACCGACUUCAACGGCAUAGUCAAUGUCAUGUACAACUGUGAAUACUUCCAAACGUAUUUCAAGGACGACCUGACGCAACAGGAAAAUGUGUGCACGAAGGCAAGAGAAGAGGGGCGUGCUGUACGACAUACGUGUGCAAUGGCCAUGAUAAGACAAGACAGUGACAGAGCCAUCGACACACUAGUAUCGCUGUUGCAGAACCUGAAACACCUCGAUCACCAAGCUACGUCACGGACGGCAGUGGACAAGUUAACACAGCUGAAGAAUGGGUCACUAGCGAUCACAGACGAAGAUAUCGCUUUAACCUUUGAACACUUCAAAGACAAUUUGACGGGAGAAAUUAAAGAAGUUCUUGAAAAGGAAAAGGAAACACUCGUCAGGGCCAUGGAUGAUGCUUUAAAGACUAUAGGUGAAAACAUCACUGAAUCAAUCAUCGAUGCUGGAGACGACCAGCUUGCAAAUAUAAAAAGUAAAGGAGAUGAAGUGCUGAAUGAGUUGGAUAAUGUAGCAUCAGCUGUAAAAUUAUUAAUUCCGAGUACAACGCCGAAAACCAACGAACUUGAGCAUCCAGGAGUUACAGUUGACGAGACUACACCACCCACUGUUGAAAUGAGCAGUACAAUAUCUAAAAUACAGGCGUGGUUAAUCGAACAGUACCAAGCAAUGUUAGUCGCGCCGGUUUCGAUGCUAGAUACGGACAUAGAUGUACCUUAAGAACGGAUAUAUGUGACCCCGUCCAUUAAGGAGCUUAAAAGAGACCAGAAAGACCGAAAUGAUUUGUAUCGCACGGACCAGUCCUCACCAUUUUCAAUCGAUGUCAGAAGCUAUAAUGGGCUAUUGCUGCGUGAUGGGAAGCCGGUAAAUACAGUUUAUAUUCAAGGAAAUCCGGGUUGUGGCAAAACGACGUUUUCAAACAAGCUCGUACUUGAUUGGUGUAAAGCUCAUUCGACAAUGGUAACAUCCAAAAAAGACACGAGCAGCGCAACAACUAGCAAGAAAACAUCAGAGCAAACAGCAUUCGACGAUAUUGACACUUUGCGAGACUACACAUUUCUGUUCUUUGUGUCAUUACGUGAUUACAGUGAAUACAUGUGUGACGUCACUCACAUGAUUGAGAAUGCUAUAAAACGCAAAAAACUAGCUUGGGAUGACUGCGUCUGGGAACACAAAUGUCUUGUUCUAACCGAUGCCGCAGACGAAUGGUACCACGCCAAAAUACCCUUCCCUCCGCCAUCUGAUUCUACUUGCAUAUGUCAUAAAGACCGUACUAUGCCGCUAUAUUUGCAGCGAACGAACAUUACCAACAUUAUUACUGCACGACCAUGGAAACUUGCCGACUUAAAAAUAAGCGAUACUUUAACGCGUACAUUUGAAAUUUCCGGCGUAUUAAACUACAAAACGUUGUCGAGGAACAUGUUUCGUGUUCUAGCUGAGAAAGACUAUAUAACGAAAACGGAUCAAAAAGCCAACUCUAUUGACUUCUUUCAUCAAAUAAACACACAUAACUUGAAACAUCUCAUUACAAUACCAGCCAUGUGUGUUCAGUUAGUUCACCAGUUCUACGUUGGACGUUUAACGACAGGUUCACUGUGUGCUUUAUACGUCAAUAUGCUAGAUAUGCACAUAGCCAGGGGACUGCAAAAACUUCAAAUUCCAGUAUUUAACACUGGAGAAAAAUCAUGUGGGGAUAUACCAGAUAUAUUAAGGACAGAAACAGCCGAGUAUGUGCAGGCUAAUUUGUCGCUGGUUUAUUCCGCCAGUGAGCUUGCAUUUAAAACUCUAACAGACACUAACAAACAAUCAUCGCUUGUCUUUCGAGAAAACACAAUCAUACAAUACAUGACAAAAACAGAACUAGAUUACUUACUUCAGACAGGGAUUAUCACGAAGAAAAAGUCUUUAGCACUUUGCCCAGGAAAGAAUGUUCCAUAUAUGUUUGUGCACAAAACAAUCCAGGAAUUUCUAUCAUCGUUGACGUUGUAUAUUGCUAUGAAUCCGACAAAAAUGGACGCAAUCAUGCACGCACUACAAUUGGCAUAUUGUGAUGGUAGGUCUAUUUUAGACAUAGGUCAGUUGUUCAUCUUUACAUGCGGAACCUGUUCCCCAGCAGCUGAAAGAAUGUCAAAGCAUAUUUCGGAUGUCAUUACAAAUGACAUGGAAUGUAAAUUGCAGGAUGACUCUGACGUGUUUUCUCCAUGUGUAUUAUCUAAUAAAGCUCAAAAUAUUGUAUUGAAUGGCAUCAUGGAAGGGGCGGCAAACAAGCAUACCGGCGUCCAUCUAAAUUUCAGUCAUAUGAGAAAUGACCCUGAGUUGGUCAUUGAGGAGUGGCUAUGGCGACCUCAUCCGGAAGGGAAGGUGCUUAAAACCUUAAUAGAUAUGAACAUAUCAAACAUUGUAAGUAUGUUAUUUAUAUUUUCUUUUGACAGUCAAUUUUGCGAUUAACCUUUGCAGGAAAUUAUAUCGCAAUCGAGAGAAACGUUGUUGUAUAUGAGACUCUAUGGUGAUGAUAACAUGAUUCUAGAGGAUGAUGGUCACAUUGAUCUACAGGGUGUAAAACUCAAGUACUUGGCAUGUGAUGGAGAUAUCAAUAUUACCUCUGUAGAUUGCAGCAAUAUGGUGUCAUGUGAGUUAUCUUACGUAACACCAUUAACAGAAAGGGUCCUCUUCGAGUCGAUGUCAGCAACUGGUGAAAAAAUCAGUCGCCUUGAAAUAGAAAAUUGUGAGAAUAUUGAACUUUUAUGUGAAACUCUUCAACACCUUAAACGUCUACAAACGCUUCUAUUAUCUGAUGACAUCUUGAUGAUACGCAACUGCACGAUUACUUUCCUGUAUCGAUCAUGCGAGUAAGGUACAAGGAAACAUGUGUUUCCGUUAAAGUUAUUAUGUCGAUGGUGGAAUGGUCAAAGUCAAGGAACGUUUGCGUGAAAUGUCAUUUAAAAUGGCUUACUAAAAAUAUGUCUGCGGAUACGGUGUACGUCUGUGACUGGAUUAAGCAGCAAGACGGCAUCGAAUUGCAUGAUGACCCUUCAGAAGCAUUUGACAGUGCAGCAAUUACUAGUAUUUGCUGGAGCAAGCGUUGAAACAUUGAAGUAAAUAAUUAAGAAAUUGUUUAUUAAAUGUGUUUUUAUUAAGAUGUAUGUUUAUGUUACGAUAUUGUAGGAGUUUCAUAUUGUUUAUGCAAAUUUAAAACACGAUUGAAUAAGACUUAAAUAUUUGUAAAACAAUAUUUUUGUUAAAAUAUGUUGUUGUUUGUGUAUUAGGUCUGAACACGCCAUGGAAAUAUUUUUACGUCUGGGUCUUUGGCUGGGUGAACACCUCGUAUUUCGGAACAAAAAUUCAGUACGAAACUAAUCAUAUUUAAUUUAAUUCUUUAUGAAUGGUUUAUUCCGUGUUGUUACAUUUUCAUUCACACUCUAUAUCGAAGACACGCUUGUUGCGCUAUACGUUUGGUGGACCUCUUAAAAUUUCCAUUCUUCAACAAGCGGAUUAUUUGAUAAAUGGCUUUUUAUUUGUGUUCUCGAUAUGAACUUGUUGCUAGACCGUUGAAAAAAGUGAUUUUAGAGACUUUAUUUUACAAUGCCCAGAAACUCCAAAUAAUUUUCUACGUCUUUUAUAUAAGGAUAACAUGCGAACAGUUCCUCGUUAUUGGUAUAUGAAAGUAGGAAUAGUUUGAUUUCUUCCAGAGAUAAUAAUACCCGUUUGGUUUUAGUUCACAGGCGUUAAAAUAUUAUUAAUCUAGAAAAUUUCAAGUCAUGAAGAACUCCCUGUUUGACCCUUAUUAAUGAGUCAAUGGAUGCUUAUACCAAAGAAUGAUAACGUACAUGAGACUAGACGCACAGGUACAUUUGCUAUACCGCGUUUGCAAAGUGGUGACUUAUUUUUUCGUUACUAUGUUGUAUCCUUAGCAGAGAGUGAUAUAAUAAAACAAUUGUUGGUUUUCAAGAAAUGCGCAUUUUUUUUCUUUUUGAGUUAUAACUUAACUAAUUUUAUUGACUGCAUGUUGAAAUGCAAUCAAAGAAAGCAUUUUAUUUUUGAAAACGACACAGUUUUCAUGUCGUAGAUAAUGAAUUGUUGUCAGUGGACCACCUUUUAAGUAUAUUAAGUAGAGUUUGAUAGUAAUUGUUUGCGAUCAUAUUUAUCAGUAUAAUCCCUCUUUCGUUUUUUCUGCGUCAUUUGAAUUUAUUUGAAUCAGUUUAUUGCUUUAUGGUUUAUGCACUACACAAUAAACGGACUAAACAGAU